GACCCCCACCACCUUCGAUCCCCCCAACCCAACUCCACUCUUCUCUCACAUUUCCCAAUUUCUCACAAACCCAAUUCGUAAAGGCUGCUGCUUUUCAGGUGGUUGAGGCAGAAUCUGAGAAGAGGCAGAGAGACCAAAGGAUGGAUCAGCAGGGGCAUGGACAUCCAGCAACAGUACGAGUCCCAGGAAGUGCAGGUCAAGCAUCAUAUGGAGUGAACCCAUAUCAGCCUAGCCAGAUGAUGGGACUCUCUCCAACUGGAUCGGGUGGAAUGAUGCAAUCUCCCACGCAGCCGGGUGGUCCUUUUGCACCUUCUCAGCUUGCACAACACCAGGCUUAUCAGCACAUCCACCAGCAGCAACAACAGCAACUACAGCAACAACUCCAAAGCUUUUGGUCAGGUCAGUAUCAAGAAAUAGAGCAGGCUAAUGAUUUCAAGAACCAUAGUUUACCAUUGGCCAGGAUUAAGAAGAUUAUGAAGGCUGAUGAGGAUGUAAGGAUGAUAUCGGCUGAAGCACCAGUCAUAUUUGCCAGGGCUUGUGAGAUGUUUAUUCUGGAGUUGACACUACGGUCUUGGAAUCACACAGAGGAGAACAAAAGGAGAACACUGCAAAAGAAUGACAUUGCAGCAGCAAUUACAAGGACUGAUAUAUUUGAUUUUCUAGUUGAUAUUGUCCCCAGAGAGGAUUUGAAAGAUGAGGUUCUUGCAUCGAUCCCAAGAGGUGGGAAUGUUCCAGUUGUCGGUCCGGCUGAUGGUCUUCCGUACUAUUACAUGCCAGCUCCGCCUCCACCGCCGGUCGGUGCUCCUGGAAUGAUGGUGGGAAAGCCUGUGAUGGAUCAAAAUAUGUAUGGCCAACCAACACACCCAUACAUGACUCAGCAAGCUUGGCCUCAGCAACAGCAGCCACACAAAGAUUCUGAGUGAAAGGGUUACUGGCAAAUAAUUGUUUGUAAUUUGAAGGUUUACCAUAUUACUUAUUUGAUACACAAUUCGCUUUACCUCCAGUUAGAGAUACAAAGUGUUUAUGAUUGCUAAAUGAAAAGGUUAUGCAGGAGGUGUUGUUAGAGACUUAAGGGGAGAUAACUUUCAUAUCUAUGAUUACAAUCAGUAGUUAAACACUUUGCUCUAUAACUAUUUGUUAGAACAGUUCGUAAGCCUUGUAUUGAUGGAUGCUGGCAUUUGAAGUUUUUCUGUAGAAGGUGUUGGAAUCUAUUAUUUUGGAUCAUCAACCAUAAGGUUUACUCAUUUAUUGAAGCUAGCUACAUUCUUUUCAUCA